CAAGCCUAGACUGAUUCAAGCUAUGUAUUCUAAUGUAAAAGUGAGGACAAAAGGAAUAAGCAUCAAAAUUAUCUUAAGUUUCGAUUCUACCAAGGUUGAAUUUUGUUCUAUGCUGGAGGUAGUAUUUAUAUGUAGAACAAUUUGAGCACUUGAAAACUUAAGACUUCUAGCUAUGGCUUGGAUAUUAGUAACUCCUGCAUUACUUAUUCUUGCUUACCUUUUCCAAGCAUGGUCCAAGAAAAAAUUCGAAAGACGGCUACCACCUGGCCCGAAAAGCAUUCCUGUUCUGGGACACCUGCAUCUGAUAGGCAAAAAUCCUCACCAGGAUAUGCAAAAGCUAGCUGAGGAACAUGGCCCUGUCAUGUACUUGAGGUUCGGGUUUGUUCGUAACAUCAUUGUCUCAUCUCCACAAGCAGCUAAGCAGUUUUUAAAGAAUUAUGAUCUUAAUUUUGUUAAUAGGCCGCCUCAUGAGGCUGCCAAGUACAUUUCUUAUGACCAGCGAAACUUGUCAUUUGGCUCAUACGGUCCUUACUGGCGCAACAUGCGUAAAUUGUGCACCUUAGAGCUGCUUAGUAGCACUAAAAUCAAUUCAUUUAAGUCUAUGAGAAAGGAAGAGAUCAGAUUCUUGGUGGACAGAAUUGAAAAUGCAGCUCGGGAACAUGACACCGUUGAUCUUAGCGACCUAGUUGGCUCUUUGAGUGCAGAUGUCAGUUGCCGGAUGAUAUUUGGUAAAAAAUACGAAGAUAAUGAGAUUGAUGAGCGCGGAUUCAAAGUUGUGAUCCAAGAGGGGAUGCAGCUGGCAGCACUGCCUAAUCUCGGGAAUUUCUUUCCUUACCUUAGUCUGCUUGAUCUUCAAGGACUCACCAAGAGGAUGAAGGCUGUUGCUAAGGUUUAUGAUAAAUUUUUGCAGAAGAUUCUUGAUGAACACGACGUACUUAAGGAGCCCGGGCAGACCAAGGACUUUGUCGAUACAAUGUUAGACAUCAUGAAAUCAGGAGUAGCUGAGUUUGAGUUUGAUCGCACCCACAUCAAGGCUGUUCUACUGGACAUGCUUGCUGCUGGAGUGGACACUGCAGCGACAACUGUAGACUGGACAAUGGCUGAGCUCCUAAGAAAUCCACAAGUCAUGAGAAAAGUUCAAAAUGAGCUAGCACAAGUUGUUGGCAUGGACAGGAUGGUCGACGAGUCAGAUUUAACGAGUUUAGAAUAUCUAGACAUGGUAAUAAAAGAAGUGUUCAGACUGCAUCCAGUGGCACCUUUGUUAAUCCCUCAUCGGUCUAUAGAAGACUGUGAAAUCGAUGGCUUUUUUAUACCCAAGAACUCCACAGUCAUGGUCAACAUUUACGCGAUUGGCAGGGAUCCUAAGGUCUGGACUGAUGCAGAAAAGUUCGUACCAGAGAGGUUUGUUGGGAGUCAUAUAGAUCUCCUGGGACGCGACUUUGAGCUUAUUCCAUUUGGCUCUGGAAGGAGAGGCUGCCCCGGGAUUCAGUUGGGGCUCAUCAUGGUCCGCCUAGUCGUGGCACAACUUGUGCAUUGCUUUGAUUGGACACUUCCUGAUGGAAUGAAGCCAUCAGAGAUAGACAUGUCUGAAGAGUUUGGACUUGUCGUUACAAGGGCUAGUCACCUAAAAGCUAAUCCUUCGUGUCGCCUUCAAUAUGCAAAACAAUUUGGAAUUGAAAACUUAUCAAUUCUGGCCAUGUCUUGGAUUCUAAUUACUCUUGCAGUAGUUUUCAUUGCUUACCUUCUCCAAGCAUGGUCUAAGAAAGAACAAAGACAGCUCCCACCAGGCCCGAAAAGCAUACCUCUCUUGGGACACUUACAUUUGAUAGGUAAAAAUCCUCACCAGGGCUUGCAAAAACUAGCUCGCAAACAUGGCCCUAUUAUGUAUAUCCGUUUUGGAUCUGUUCCGAACAUCAUUGUGUCCUCCCCACAAGCAGCUAAGCAGUUUCUAAAAGUUCACGAUCUUAACUUUGCUAGUAGGCCGUCUCAUGAUGCUGCUAAGCACGCUUCUUAUGAUCAGAAGAACUUGUCUUUUGGUGAAUACGGUCCUUACUGGCGUAGCAUGCGUAAAUUAUGCACCUUAGAGUUGCUUAAUAACGUCAAAAUCAACUCAUUUCAAGCCUUGAGAAAGGAAGAGAUUAGACUAUUGGUGGAAAGUAUUGCAGAUGCAGCAGGGGAAGAUGCUGCAGUUGAUCUCAGCGCCAAAGUGUCGUCGAUGAGUGCAAAUGUGAGUUGCCGAAUGAUAUUUGGUAAGAAAUACGAGGAUAAGGACAUUGAUGGCCGCGGAUUCAAGGGUGUGAUUGAAGAGGGCAUGAAGUUGGCAUCAGUUCCUAACAUUGCUAAUUUCUUCCCUUUUCUUGGGAAACUUGAUCUUCAGGGAUUCACAAAGAGAAUGAAGGCUGUUGCUUUAGUGUUCGAUAGAUUCUUGGAAAGGAUCCUUAAUGAACAUGAAAUUCCCAAGGACUCCGGGCAAACUAAAGAUUUCGUCGAUAUCAUGUUAGACAUCAUGAAAUCAGGGGAAACAGAGUUCGACUUGGAUCGUUCCCACAUCAAGGCUGUUCUGCUGGACAUGCUUGCUGCAUCAGUGGACACUGCGUCAACAACAGUGGAUUGGGCAAUGUCUGAGCUUCUAAAACAUCCGCGAGUCAUGGUAAAAGUUCAAAAAGAGUUAGCAGAAGUAGUUGGCAUGGACAGGCUAGUCGACGAGUCGGAUUUAGAGAGUUUAGUAUACCUAAACAUGGUAAUCAAAGAAGUCUUUAGACUGCAUCCACCUUCACCAUUGUUACUUCCUCAUCAGUCAAUAGACGACUGCAACGUCGAAGGCUAUUUCAUACCAAAAAAGACGACGGUCAUGGUUAAUGUGUAUGCCAUUGGGAGAGACUCUAAGGUCUGGAAUGAUGCAGAAGAAUUUUUACCAGAGCGAUUUGUUGGAACUGAUAUAGAUGUCCGGGGACAGGAUUUUGAACUUCUACCAUUUGGCGCUGGAAGGAGAGGGUGCCCCGGGAUGCAUUUGGGGAUCCUCAUGGUUCGCCUAAUUGUGGCGACGCUUGUGCAAUGUUUUGAUUGGAAGCUUCCUGAUGGAAUGAUGCCAUCAGAGUUGGACAUGACUGAGGAGUUUGGUCUUGUUGUUAGAAGGGCUAAUCACCUCACAGCUACUCCAUCUUGUCGCCUUCAUGUAUACUAGUUGAUAACCCGAAUAAAAUUUUAAAAUUUGUUAUUUAUUGAAAAAAUAAUGUUUUUUUAAAUUACAUUAUCAUAUUUUUAUUA